CCUAGAUCUGCUUGCAGCCCCAUGGCUGGAUAUGGCCCACGGGAUUACGAUCACUUAUUCAAACUGCUAAUAAUUGGGGACAGCGGGGUUGGAAAGAGUAGUUUGCUGCUUCGGUUUGCUGAUAAUGUAUUUUCUGAGAACUACAUAACAACAAUUGGUGUAGACUUCAAAAUCCGAACAGUUGAAGUUGAUGGGCAACGGGUGAAACUGCAAAUUUGGGAUACAGCAGGACAAGAACGAUUCAGAACAAUUACAUCAACGUAUUACCGUGGUACACAUGGUGUUGUGGUUGUAUACGAUGUAACGAAUGGUGAAUCGUUCAGUAAUGUAAAGAGAUGGCUACAUGAAAUUGACGCAAAUUGUGAAAGUGUGCAAAAAAUUUUAGUGGGCAACAAAAAUGAAGAUCCUACACGUAGAAUCGUACUGGAAAGCGAUGCUCGUCAAUUUGCCGACACUAUGCAUAUAAAAUUUUUCGAGACGUCAGCUAAGGAGAAUACAAACGUCGAGGAGAUGUUUUCCUGUAUAACCCGAUUGGUGCUGAAUGCAAAGCUUUCAAGUCCACAAGGCAAAGAUGGACGUCCGGAAGUGAAAUUGACGCUCAACGAUAGACAGCGAGAGAAGAAGAAAUGUGGUGGCAAGUGUGGAUAAUUGUAAAAAAAUCUGUAUGUCUCUGUGUGGCGUCGUCACCGCUAGGGCUAUUACAUUGACGGCUGAAAUCUCUACUAGGUCCAAGUGGCUGAAAACUGUUCCCGCUGAUCUUUACACCCUUAGAGAAUCGUUUCCCAUUGUCUACCUGAUUCAAAUUUUGAGGAGAUAGUCUAGACUUCUUUCUUGCUACUUUUGUCAUAUAAUUUGCUACGUUUUAUCAACUGUUGUAAGUCAUUCCGCUGCCUGAUUGAAGAAUAACAGUGAUGAUAGAUGUUUGUACUCCCUCUUUCGCAAAGUCAUAUUCCGACUAGCUUGUGGUCUCUAAGCUCGUGUGCCACAAAAGUUCGUUCUCAUCCAUGGUAGAUUUUACCGAACAGACGUAGAGCUUUGUGAUUCGACCAUUUCGCCUCAUUUUCACUGUUUCUACAAAUAGUUGCAUAGCUGGUCUAUCUUUCCGCAUAAGCAUCGCCUUAGUUUCACGCGAUUUCACUACUUUCCACAUCCUUGUAUGUUUUCAAGUGCAAUGUUGAAUCCGUAAAAUCGUCUUUACAUGCAACGCUUCAGUUGUCAUUGUUUGAUGCAAAUUUUCUAUCAAAAUAAUUCGCCAAUAAAAC